GCGGCGCGGGGCGGUCCCGGCGCGGGGCAUGGCGGAGGCGGGCGGCGGGAGCGGCUGCGGCCCGGCCGCGGAGGCCCCGGCCCCGGAGCUGGCGGCCGUUGUCGGCGCCACCGUGCCCACCGGGUUCGAGCUGACGGCGGCCGAGGAGGUGCAGGAGAAGCUGGGCUCGGCCGCCAGGAUCAGCAGGGACCGCGGGAAGAUCUACUUCGAGGUCCCGGCACGGAGCCUGCCGCAGGUCCAUCGGCUCAGGUCAGUGGAUAAUUUAUUUGUCGUAGUUCAGGAGUUCAAAGACUAUCCAUUUAAAGAGAACAAGGAAGAUGCUCUAAAGGAUUUGGAAGAUUUGGUUAAAAAGCUGCCUUGGACAGACCCAUUGAAAGUUUGGGAGCUGAACAACAGCUUGAAGAAGAGAAAGACAAAACGCAAAAAACAUAAUCUGCAGGGUACUGCAAGCAAGGAGAAGCUGCAUGACAAUGGAGAAGAGGAAGGAGCAGAUCAAAAAGAUGCUAGUAAACAGGAGGGCAGUGCCCAAAACGCUGCAGGGGGAGAACCCAUCGGUGGCCAGGACACAGAGAAGACCCAAGGGGAGGAGGAGGAGGAGGAUGAUAAUGACCAGUCUGAUGCUAAAGAGGAGUUGCAGGGAGGCUCUGGGAGCGAGGGCCAGGCUGGUGAGGGUCAGGCAGGCCAGGCCAAGGUGCUGAAGUUCCGUGUUACCUGCAAUAGGGCAGGAGAGAAGCACAGUUUCACCUCCAACGAGGCUGCGAGGGACUUCGGUGGGGCUGUGCAGGAGCACUUCCAGUGGAAAGCUGACAUGACUAACUUUGAUGUAGAGGUUCUUCUGAAUAUUCACAGUAAUGAAGUAGUUGUGGGCAUUGCAUUAACUGAAGAGAGCCUUCACAGAAGAAAUAUUACACAUUUUGGCCCCACAACUCUUCGUUCAACUCUGGCUUAUGGCAUGCUUAGACUCUGUGACCCACAGCCAACAGAUAUCAUCGUGGAUCCCAUGUGUGGGACAGGGGCAAUACCCAUAGAGGGAGCUACAGAAUGGCCUAGCUGCUACCAUAUUGCUGGUGAUAACAACCCACAAGCUGUAAAGAGAGCAGCAAACAACAUCUGCUCUUUACUAAAGAAAAAUGAGAAUAAGGAAAGCAGCACUUCCCUGGGCAUACCCUUGGACAUCAUUCAGUGGGAUAUUUGCAAUCUGCCUCUGCGGACUGGUUCUGUGGACAUCAUUGUGACAGACAUGCCCUUUGGGAAGAGGAUAGGGUCAAAGAAGAAGAACUGGGAUCUCUACCCAGCCUGCCUGAUGGAGAUGGGCCGGAUCUGCACGCCAGGGACAGGCAGGGCUGUGCUGCUGACACAGGACAAGAAAUGCUUUGCUAAGGCCUUGUCACGACUGGGACACAUCUGGCGCAGGGGCCAGACUGUGUGGGUGAACGUGGGGGGGCUCCACGCUGCUGUCUACCUCCUGAAACGCACCUGGGAGAGAGCAGAGGAGAAGAGAUCAUUCUGGUAACCUGUGGGGGAAGACAAGAAGACAGCUCCAGAAUUUGUUGAAUAAUGACACCUGAGAGCAUAGGCCUGCCAAUUCCUGAGGAGAAAACCAAACAACCUGCGUAGAAUUUGUGUAACACAAGUAUCAACCCAGGGAUCAAUUUGAGAGCUACCAGUUGUACCAUGUGUUCUGAAACCUUGUUACUUUAAUCACCUCUUUCCUCCCUGCCACCCAAACUGGCACUCAGUAGUGGAAUUAGGAAUGCUUUCCUUUGCCAGGGUCUUCUCUACCAUGUCCAUUGUAGUUUUCAGUUAAAUGCUUAUUUCCUCUGCUUAUAGGAGAGAACAUGCUGAGGCAGCUUUGGAGGUAACUGAAUUUAUUUCCCAAACUGUAGAAAUCAUACGUGUAGCUUAAAAUGACUAACAAGACUACUGAGACCACAAUCUUGAAGGGUUUAGAGGUACUACCUCUUUAGUGAUAUUUCUGUUAAGUUUUCUAAUGUGUAUCAUUGCCCAAAUGUAAACUACAAUAAGCCAGUAUCUGGUUUUUUAUGGUCUCAUAAGCAAACAUCAAUUAGUAAAAAGUAUGCUGAUGCUACUGGUUCUUCAUACCACCUCAACUUUGUGCUAAUUAUUAGUCAAUGUCUAAUCCAUGUUUUUACACACGACUGCCAUGUGUGAGGGGACAACACUCACAGCCUUAGCAAACUGUCGUUCCUGUCUGAGAACAGCGAUGCUUUUAGCAGUUGUAGUUGAAAGUUCAUGUUUUCAGUGUUACUGUAGACACAUCAAGGUGGCUGGCUGUUUAAAUCUGUUAGGUGAUUUGACUGCUGUAGCUAUACCACAUUUACAAAAAUAUAUUACCUGUUGAGUAACUUGAA